AUGACAACUAAACAAAACAACACUAAACAUUCUAAAUAUCCAACACCAGAGAAUCGCCCUUUCGUUGUUUCUCCUAAGCUGAAUGCUGAAAUCAGAGCUGCUCUAAAUGAGGCUGGUCGUAAGAGAGAUGAGAGAUUAGUUGCUUGUCAAAAAGAGGUUGGUAUCGCCUUGACAGCAGUAGCAAGGGCCCAGUCAAUUCUAUUGAAUCGUCCAUACAAAGACGAAGAGACUUUGAGUUUAAUUGAACAUUUGGGAGAUACAUCUCUACUUUUUUCUCUGAAUUCGAAUAAUUUUAAGCCUGAACUCAGAGAGGCAUUGGCAGAAGUUCCUUUGGAUACUUACCUGAUCGGAGAAGAUUUAGGUGAGCGAAUCAAAACGGCCAAAUCCUUUGGCAAGUCAGUAGCUGAUCUUAAGGCUGGCUCUUCCAAAGCGAAGUAUGCACCACAGACCCUCAAGGCCCAUAACCCAAACUCCUUGAGCCCACUUCGACAAAAGAAAUACAAACAUCAACGCCGGAGUUGGCAAAACAGGAAUCUCGAGGGAAUGAGUCAGGGGCAGGAAGUUCCCUCCGAGGAAGUUCAACAAGCAGCCAGUGUUGCAGCAUUUGGUUCCAAGGGAACCAAUUUAUUCACAAAAAGAAAAAAUGAAUAUGACACAGGCGGUUAA